AUGCCCUCCUACUUGUUGUACCAGAGGCAUUCAAAGCAAAACGCGUCGAACAUCGCCAACAAUUCUGAGCUGCAAAAAUUUCAGGAGCGCAUGCGCGCCGAAUCAGCCGCGGCCUCUCCACGGAAAUCUUCCCAUGGGAUUCCACCGCGUGCACUGACCUUCCUCGGCAUCACCGCCUUGGUCAUCAGCACAUACACCAGCUACCUCUAUGCUUCGUAUAAACGAGAAGUGUCCAAAGCGCAGUCCUUGGACGUGCCGACCGACGUCUCGGAUCGGUACAAUUCCACCGCUCGGACCUUCGAUGCUGAGGUGGAAUUGUCCGAAAGGGUCAUGCGCAUGGGGAGUAAGCGGGCUGACUUGGUGCGGAUGGCGCGCGGCGAUGUUUUGGAGGUGAGCUGCGGUACGGGGCGCAAUUUGGAGUAUUACGAGCUUGGCGAGCGUCGAGGCGUGGAUACAGAGGGGAAGAGCACUGUUCGAGGCUGUCGAUCGUUGACCAUGAUCGAUCUGAGCCCGCAGAUGGUCAGCAUUGCCGAGGACAAGUUCCGGCGUCUGAGACCUGAGUUCACGCGGGUGUUGUUCCGUGCUCAGGAUGCAGCAACGGUGACAGUUGAAAAGCCGACCUUUCCAUCGGGGGUAGAGUCAACGAGUACGAGGCAAAGCGCGCUAGGCCGUCCAACACGCCAGGAUGGGUACUACGAUACGAUUGUUCAGACGAUGGGACUGUGCUCCAUGCCUGAUCCAGCGGCCACUCUUCGACAUUUGGGUUCGAUCACGGAGCCGGAACGCGGUCGCAUCCUGCUUCUCGAGCAUGGACGGUCUCACUACGACUGGUUGAAUCGGAUACUGGAUAACUUGGCGCCGUCUCAUGCAGAUCGACAUGGGUGUUGGUGGAACCGGGACAUUGGCGCGAUUGUGAAAGAGAGUGGGUUGGAAGUUGUGGAAGAGAAACGGUGGCACUUUGGCACUACGUGGAAGUAUGUCUUGAGACCUCGGCAGCAUUCAGCGAGGGAAGCAAAGAAGGAAUGA